UGCAUGUAGUAUUCUGAGGCUUUCUACAUGCAGGAAGCCUACCUGGUGCCCAAAUCAGUGGGCAGAAACAACCGUGCCAUUCCACGCAACAAACUCCUCCGACCGGUCAUCCUCCACGACGGCCGUCUCGCUCAGCGCCCCACUCCCCUCACCGCCCUCCUCACCUUCCUUUGGCUCCCCGUCGGUCUCUUUCUCUCCCUCCUCCGCGUCUACGUCAACAUCCCUCUCCCCGAACGCAUCGUCCGCCACACCUACCGACUAAUGGGCAUCAAACUCAUCGUCCGCGGCUCCCCUCCUCCUCCCCCUUCACCCGGCCAGCCCGGCGUCCUCUUCGUAUGCAACCACCGCACCGUCCUCGACCCCGUCGUCACCGCCGUCGCCCUCGGCCGUAAAAUCUCCUGCGUCACCUACAGCAUCAGCCGCUUCUCCGAACUAAUUUCCCCCAUCCGCGCCGUGGCUCUCUCCCGCGACCGAGACUCCGACGCUCGCCGCAUCCGCUGCCUUCUCGACGAAGGUGAUCUCGUCAUCUGCCCCGAAGGAACCACAUGCCGCGAACCCUUCCUUCUGCGCUUCAGCGCGCUCUUCGCUGAACUCACCGACCGCAUUGUCCCUGUGGCCAUUAAUACGAAACAGGGGGUUUUCCAUGGCACUUCUACCAGGGGAUGGAAGAUGCUCGAUCCCUACUUCUGCUUUAUGAACCCUCGGCCAACCUUCGAGAUCACUUUCCUCAACCAGCUGCCGCGGGAGCUCACCGUUGCCGGAGGCCGCUCAGCCAUCGAGGUUGCCAAUUAUAUCCAGCGAGUGCUGGCCGCGACGUUGGGUUUUGAAUGUACUAAUUUUACUAGGAAGGAUAAGUAUGCCAUGCUCGCCGGGACGGAUGGCAAGGUGCUGGCGACGACGCCGUCGUCGUUGAAGAAAGAGAAUAAUGUGGCUGAAGAAGCGGAGUUGAAAUGAAGGCAAGAGUGGAUCGGAAUUAGAUAAUUGGAGCUAAGCGACGUACGCCUUUCAGGCAGCUAGUUCGGAGGGCUACUGUUAAUUUUACUUUCUGUUUGAUGAUCGAUGGAUAGGUUUGAUUGGAAUCAACUCAUUAAUACUCAUGUGUUUGUUUUGGAGAAAAUAAGAUAAAUUUGAUCAUGAAUGUAUCUAAAAAAAUAUGUAUAAGGAUGAAUUCAAUGUUGCAUGAUAUAUGUGAAGAAACAUUUUUCCUUUUUUUCA